CCUCUUAUCGCCUGCAAUAUGGCAACGAGUGCCCCCGUUUCGCCGUCAUGACGGCACGAUCGUCAGGAGAAUAACAUACACGUCACGCCCAAAUGACUACUUACUAUGUACUAUGUACUGGGUACUAUUUUUUUUUCUUUCUUCUGUGCCUCUCUCUUGCAUGCAAGGAGGAGCGGGGGGCCCAUCACGACAUGCGAUUGUCGAAUUGCACACACGUACUUAGAUAUCAACCUUCGAGUCAUUAUAACCAGUAAACCAAAGGGCAUUGUAUUGCCGUAUGCGCGUCUAUCACGCGGUGGCGGUGCGCUCUGGAGACGCGCGUCGGACGUCCCUGCGUCCCCUCGCCAGUGGAAUGCUUGUCUGCGCGCGCGGUUCAACUCCCGUUCCUCUCGAAGCUUCGCAGUGCGCGAUCGCCCACCGGGACUUUGGCGUCUCCAGCCAAACCCUGCAGCCGACGGCACGGCGGGAAGCUCAACCAUACAAUACAGGUCGGACACGCUCUCCGGGCACGCGAAUCCAGCUGCUCCGCUUGAAACGUCGAAACAUCGCCGCAGAUCGGGCGGAGAUGGCGUCUUGCCGUUGAGGGGACGGCUAGGAUGCGUGCAGGGCGCGCUUCAGGUUGAUGAGGCCUUGCUCGUAUCAUAAGACAUCCGUACUUCGAAGUAGUCAAGAUCGUUGGGCUUGCUGUCCUCAAGCUCAUCUGAGAGGAAAUCAGCGCCUCCUCCUCGCCUCGCUUCAAUCUCUGAUGAGGAGAGCAUCCCUUUGACCUGCCCGUUUGAUAAAGUAGGGGUCCUUGGACCCUUGCUUGCGCUCCGGGACGGUGGUUACAGUUGCGCGGUAAACCGUUUGCCCUCCCUUGUACGAGUCAGG